AGUUAGAAUUUCCAACCGAAAAAUAAUGCCUGAACAUGCUACUAGUACUGGGAGAAAAACGAGACGUAUGCCUGUCCAGACGCAAGCUAGUAUUAAUUUAAUUGACCUUCUUUAUAAAAUAACAUUGCUGCGUUGUUUUAUAAAGUGGAUUUUGAGACUUGUGACGGGAACUUGUGAAUUGCAGCGAAUCACACAGAAAUAUAAAUCUGGUGUUUGUACUGUGAAAAUUGAGGAAAGUUUGCAAAGAUCAAAAUUCUCUGAAAUUCGUCAAAUGAUUGAAGUUGAACCUGAAGAUAUAGAUGCAGCAAUACAACAGAUUAUCAGCCUCAAGAAUAUUUCCUUUGAUGCAAAUUCCAGGUUUAUUUCCUGUAUGAAAGUUUGCUUGGAGCAAAUACAUGGAUAUGAUAGUUUGUUUUGCACAAUCGAAGAACUGAGGGUUGAAACUUAUAAUUCCUGUAAUGGGAAUCAUGAAGCCUUGUUAUUAAAGUUAUGGAAUCUUUUACAACCUGAAAAUGCUUUGAAAGAAAGAGUGUCUCGCCAGUGGGGGGAGAUUGGGUUUCAGGGUACGGAUCCCAAGACUGAUUUUCGUGGUAUGGGAAUUUUAGGGUUGAAAAACUUGGUGUAUUUUGCUGAAGUUCAUAAUGAACUUGCUCGAAAAACUUUGUUACAUUCACACCACCCUCAGUAUGGGUAUUCAUACGCCAUCGUAGGAAUAAACUUGACAAGUAUGGCUUAUGAAUUCAUGUCGUCUGGCUUACUUCGAACCCACUUUUUUAACACUGUACAUGGCAGACCAAACGUAAACCAUUUCAACGAGGUUUUCAGUUAUCUGAUGUUUGAAUUUGACAAAUUUUGGAUGAAAUCUGAGCCUGAAAACGUCAUGGAAUUCAGCAGAAUAAGGGACGAGUUCAACCAAACUGUUGAGGCUGUGUUAAAAUAUGUGCCAUCGGCAAAACUAUCUUUAGACAAUUCAAGUUAAUUUGAUUUUCCAAAAACACGCCCAGUUUUUGAGGUCAGAAUUUUUUAGCAUCUCCAAAUUUCGUAUAUGGUAGGAUAUAUUCGAAUUUUGUAGUUAGUGUUUGGCAUAGGAUUUUCAAUGCUUUCUUGCCAAUUGAUAAGGGCUUUUUUAACAGUCACUUUUUAACUGAUAGCUCAGAAACAUCUAUUUUAAAUGGCAAUUAUUUUUUACCAAAGUAGGCAUGCACGCUUGCAUUAGUGAUCUAAUAUUGCUGCUACCAUAGUAACAUCUAAAGAACCUUUCUCGAUUUUAGCUAUUUGCGUUAAAAGUAUCAGUUAUGAUAUUUCUACAUUCCUAUUUCUGCAUUCAUUCCUUUAACUUUCCAAGUGCCGGCAUAUUUAACCUUAUAUAGCAUUUAUAUAUCUACAAGUAGCAUUGUAAUAGCAGAUACAAACAUAUAACAUCAAAGCAUUAUAUUCUUGUUUCUGUAUCUACCUAUUUUGAAACCAGUAUUGUAUGUGAGUUUACUUGUAUGUUCUUGCGGAAAAUUUGUUAUUUUGGUGAUGCUA